CCAAAUAUGUCUGUUUUGUUAGUAUUUGUGAUUUUUCUAAGAUUAUGCAACGCCUUAUUCUGCCCACUCAUUGAACAGCACUCCCUUCUAAGCAUGAAGAACUCUGUAAUCGAUCCCUACCAUCAUCUCUCUUCAUGGAAUGUCGACGUCAAUUGCUGUAAAUGGGAGGGCGUGACCUGCAACAACUCAACUGGCCAUGUUCAUCGCCUCCACAUCUCCGGUUUCCUUUUAAGAGGCCAAAUAAAUCCAUCUCUCACCAAUCUUCAACACUUGACUCAUCUCGACCUGAGCCUCAACACCUUCCAUCAAACAAUCCCUUCCUUCAUCGCCUCACUCACCAAUCUCGAGCACUUGAACCUCUCCUUUGCCGGUUUCCACGGAAACAUCCCCCAUACCAUCGGAAACCUCACACGUCUGCGCAGUUUGGACGUGGCCGGGUUUCCAAAUAUGGUGUGGGGAGAUCAUUUGAACCACUACCACAGCAUACAUCUCACGGGCUAUCCACAGAUGGAGUAUGUAGCGCGUGUGACCUCUCCGAACCUGCUACACGUUGACACCGUUCGAUGGCUCUCGCAGCUUUUCGAGAUUGGAGGCUCUCAACAUGAACUAUGUGAACCUCAGUAGAGCAAAGGAGUGGUUGCAGUUCCAAGUUGGAUGUACUAUUCUUGUAAGGAGUUGGAAUUCGUCUACUUGGAUUUCAAUUUCCUAAAUGGUACAAUACCAAGACAGUUUACAAACUUGUGCAAAGUUAAAACACUGUCCUUGUCUUUCAACAGAUUUGAGGGAACCAUGUCUGAUUCAUUUGGAAAUAUGUCAAAAUGCUUUUUGGAAGGUUUGGAAGAGCUAAAUUUGCAGUUUAAUCAGCUUUCCGGUCCGUUAUUAGACCAACUAGGAGAAUUCAAAAGUCUCGAACGACUUUUUCUUAAUAAGAAUUCGUUUUCGGGUAUGAUUCCCAGAAACUUGGGGAAGUUGUCAUCAUCGUUGCAAGUUUUGGGACUAUCCCGAAACAAUUUAACCGGAGAUCUUCCCGAUAGUUUGGGCCAGCUUUGCAAUCUUGAAAGGCUUCACAUUGGUGGCAACAAGUUGAAAGGGGUUGUGAGGGAAAGUCUGUUUGCAAAUCUCACAAAAUUGAAGAUUUUAACUGCUUCUCAAAAUGAGUUGAGUUUGAGAUUAGGUGAGGAUUGGAGUCCUCCUUUGCAACUUAAGCAACUUAGAUUAGGGUCUUGGAGCUUAAGUGAAGGCUCCCAGAUUCCUUCAUGGAUUCUGAGGCAGAAGAAUCUUUCAGCUUAUCUUGAUUUGUCUGACACUGGAAUCUUCUCAGAUAAUGUUCCUAGCUGGUUUUGGGAGAUUCAGUUUUUGAAUCUAUCUCACAAUCACCUCCAUGGAAACAUUCCGGAUAUUCGUAGCUCUACAGAAAAUCAGUAUGUGUACGCGAGUAGUAACCAGUUUGAGGGAUCUUUGCCUCGAGUUGGAAACAGAUUGAGGGAGCUGGAUUUAUCGAAUAACUCGUUCUCUGGAGACAUAGCUCACUUUCUAUGUGAUGACACGUACGAUACAUACUCGUUGGAGAUCCUUCACUUGGGAGACAAUCAUUUAAGUGGGGAGUUGCCAGAUUGUUGGAUGAAAUGGCCUUCUUUGAAGUAUAUCAACAUAGGCAACAAUCAAAUGUUUGGAAGCAUCCCGACUUCCAUUGGCCUUCUUGCAAAUCUUCUAUCUUUGAAUCUUCACAACAACAAAUUUUCUGGGCGCAUACCUUCUUCAAUGCACAACUGCAAGAAGAUGCAGAAAAUGGGGUUAGCAGAUAACAGACUUGGUGGGGAGAUACCGACGUGGAUAGGAACAAGCCUAGUCGAGCUGAGGAUUCUCAUAUUGCGCUCAAACAAUCUGAGUGGUGAGAUAUCGCCCGAGCUUUGCCAGCUGAUCUGUCUCCAAAUAUUGGAUCUCUCAAACAACAAACUCUCGGGCAUGAUACCAAGGUGUGUUCACAAUUUCACUGCCAUGGCUAAGAAGAAAAGCCUGCCUGAUCUGUACCAACUGUAUGGUGGUGAAAAGUCCAUCUAUUCUUUCUCAGUCUAUAUAGGAGGGUUUAUAGAGAGUGCAUUGAUAGUAAUAAAGAGAAGUAAACUGCAAUAUGACACCAUUCUUCCCUUGGUAACUACUAUUGACAUUUCAAACAACAGUUUGCAUGGAGAUAUCCCAACUGAGGUGACAUAUUUAUUGGAAUUGAAAUCCCUUAAUUUGUCAAGAAAUGAGUUGGUGGGUUUGGUGCCUGAUCAUAUUGGAGACAUGAAGCAGUUGGAAUCACUUGAUCUAUCAAGAAACUCUUUAUGUGGUCAAAUUCCAAACAGCCUUGCAUUCGUAUCUGGUUUGGGAUCUCUGGACUUGUCUUACAAUAACUUGACAGGAAGAAUUCCAGAAGGCACACAACUCCAGGGCUUUAAUGCAACAAGCUUUGUUGGAAACCAUCUUUGUGGGCCGCCAUUGACAGCAAACUGCAGUAGUGAAGGGAAAGUGGAGAAGGCCUAUUCAGCUGAUGGAGUUGAGUGGUUGGAUGUGUUUUUUUGUUUGGGAUAUUCAGUGGGAUUUUCAAUGGUUUGCAGUGUGUUAUUGUUGAGCAAGAGGUGGAGAGAUGCCUAUUUUGGUUUGGAAGAAAGGAUGUGGAACAAGUUGUGUGUGUGUGUCGUUGUCAAAUGGAGAAGGAUCACAUCCUCUGUGUGACCUAUUUUAUGUUUUUCUUACUGUGGUGUGUAUGUUUCAAUAAUGUAAAAUAUGCAACGUGUUUAGACUCUCA